CUUUGUCUCCUUUUACGAUAUCGACCUUCUUUUUAUUAUUAUUGUUAAUAUAUUUAUAAGAGAAGCCAUCCCAUUUCGUAACCCUAUUUCGGUUCAAUAUGGCCGACAAAGCUCCCGAGUCUCCAACUACAAUCAAGCCACUGGACUUCUCUGACGACGAAGACGCCCAGGAAUCAGCCCCUGCUGCUGCUGCUGCUGCUGCCGCCGCCGCUGCCUCCUCCCCAUCUCCGACCAAUCCCCAGACGACCACUUCUGACGAGGCGCCUCCUCCCAAGCCUCCUCGCCCCGCGACCGAGCAGCAGAAGAAUGAGGCGAUCCUCAAGGAGGCCUUCCCCAGCAUCGAUGCAUCAGUCAUCAAGGCCGUGUUGAUCGCUAGCGGCGGGCGUAUUGACCCAGCGUUUAAUGCCCUGCUGGCGAUGAGCGACCCGGACGCGGUGCAGCAUGACGCCGCGGAGGAGACGCCCCCUCCGCAGCCUCCUCGGCCGCAGAACACCCAGUCGCAGCUCGAAGCGGACGAGGCCUACGCCCGCCGGCUGGCGGAACACUACGAGAGCUCGGCAUACGAGGCACGGACGUCCAACCGGGGACCGCCGUCGCAGCCGCGCCGCCGCCAGGAGACCGGGCUCAAGCCUAACGAGCUGUACGAUGAUCGGGAGCACAGCUUCAUUGACGAUGAUCUGCCCGUCAUACAGGAACAGCUGAAGAAGGGCUUCCAGGAGACGCAGACCAAGGUCAACAGCUGGUUCAAGGAUCUGAAGAAGAAGUUCGACGAGCAGUUUGACGAGAAUGGCGGCCCGUCGCAGCAGCACGGUCAGUAUGGAGGGAGUGCCGGUGGAGAGCCGGGCAGGAGGAGCCGGGACUACGAGCGCUACGAUGCCGAUCCUGAGCUGUUGAGCGACGACUUUGCCGGGAUGAAGUUCCACAGCGAUGGCACACCUGCUCGACCAGGCCAGCCCAACCCGAACGUUUUCAGGCCUCCGCCGUCGUCCACGUCGCCAAAGCCGAGUGACGCCCGGAAAGUGGCAUUCAAGGAAGGUGCUGAGGAGAUUGACAUCUACAACGCCUCACCCAAAAAUACGCCCAAGGAUGCGACGCCGAGCAAGACGAGCAAGUGGCAGCCGCUGUCUAAUGUGGACCCCGAUCCCAUCGCGGACAAUGACCCUUUCAGUCUAGGCGACAGCGAUGAUGACAAGGACGCCAAAGACAAGCCGGACAAGGCAGGCAUCAAGAUGGAUGACUCGGAAGAGAGACUGCGCAAGGCAGCAGCGGAGGCCAUGGCGGAUAGUCUGGUGGAUGACAAAGCGAAGAAGGACGAGGCCACGAAGUAGACGGCGCAGCGGCCCCAAGACGACGGGAGGUUGAUUGCGUUGGUGCUUUGGAGGCCGUGCGGGCUGGUAACAGUUGGGAUUCCUGAAAAUUUGGGCAGGUUAUUUCGCCAUCAGGCAACAUGUUUACUACCCUUGACAGCACAAGAAUUUGAUUCCCCCAAUCUGAAAUGCUAUUGAUUCAAGC